UGAACUUCAGCCUCAUUUGGAAGCUUAGCUGGGAAACACGAUACUGUAACUGUUAGAAAAAGACCUUCAUCAUCAGAUUCAAUGGAUUUUUCACUUCUUUGCGUCACCCAUCUCUUAAUGCUUCCUCUCUGUGCACAAGAAUCAGCUGUAUCUGAACAAGUAACUGAACUCCAGUCUGUGCCUAGCUCUGAAGAUCUUCAUAACCUUCAUUGUUCUGCUGUGGGAAAGCCUGCCUCUGGAAUCUCCAUUUACCCAUCACAAGUCACAGUACACCCAGCACAAGAGUACCUUGCUCAGAACCCCAAUGCCACAGUGGCUGUCACUAAAACCUACAACAACUCUUUGAAAACUGCGAGGAUCUUGAGUGUCCGGGAUUUGGCUGUGUCCAUGACUCACCCUGUGAGAUACGAAGAGAUGAUAGUCCCUCUGCCAGGAAAUAAAGGAGAGUCUUCACAGAGGAUAAAGUAUAACACUUUUGAGACAGCGGUCCUGGGAGGAAACGUGACCAUCUUCUGCAACUUCACAAGUCUGGCAAAUGUUGAGCAAAUCACCUGGCAGAAAAUCCAAGGCUCUUUGCCUCACAAUAUUGGCACUUACAGUCAUAAAUAUGGAGAAAAGAUUCUCCCACCAUACAUAAACAGGCUUCAGUGCAAGAUUCUGGAACCCAGCGCCUCCUUCAUGACUAUCCAAGGAGUGACAUUUGAAGAUGAAGCCUGCUACAAGUGCCUGUUUAACACUUUUCCACAAGGCAGCCAUGGAGGGCAAACCUGCCUUAACAUUUUAACUGUAUCUGAACUAGUAACUGAACUCCAGUCUGUAUCUGGCUCUGAAGAUCUUCAAAACCUUCAGUGUUCCGCUGUGGGAAAGCCUGCCCCUGGAAUCUCCAUUUACCCAUCACAAGUCACAGUACACCCAGCACAAGAAUACCUUGCUCAGAACCCCAAUGCCACAGUGACUGUCACUAAGAGCUACAGCAUCUCUUUGAAAACUGCGAGGUCCCUGGGUCUCCAGAACGUGGUUGUGUCCAUGACUCACCCAGUAAGACAUGAAGAGAAGAUAGUCCCUCUGCCACGAAAUCAAGGAGGUACCACAAAUUCUUGUUUAAACUGGAAGAUAACAGCAACUAUAUUCAUCAUAUUGUUUCUCAUUUCAUGGAUCAUCAUUGGGGCCCUUCGCUUUAUUCAUUUCAAAAAGAAAAGGUCAGAGAACACACCUGAGCCAUCAUCAACACAGACACCUAACCCACUGUCAACACUGGUACCUACACCACCAUCAACAGAGACUGACAACUUAAUGAGACACCGUCGCCAGACAGAGACAUAAUUGGUUGUAUAUGAUUUCUUUUUUCUGUCACUACAUCUUUAAAUUUAAGAAGUUUCAAAAAUUUGAACAUGCAUUCGCUAGCAGCAAUUAUCAUGUUAGAAGUAAGUGGAGUAUUUGUUCCAAGUGAGGUUUUAUUUAUGUUAAUGUCUUUACAUUUUGAAAUUAAAAUUUGAUUUAACUGAUACAUAAUAAUUAUAGAUAUUUCUGGAGUAUCAUGUACAUUUUGAUAGCAGGCUAAGCAUAUCUGUUUACUCAAGACAUUUAUCAUUUCUUUGUGCCUAAAACUUUUCAAAUCUUUCCUGUAAGGUUUUAAAAAUAUACAGUACACAGUCAUUAUCUAUAAUUACCCUACUGUGCAGAAGCACAAAACGUCUCACUUCUGUCUAACUUUAACUUAGUUUUGAUCACCCUUUCCUCAUCCCUCCUACCCUCUACUUACCCAGUCACCAAUCAACAUCAUUCUACUCUCAACUCUAUGACAUGAACUUUGUAUUCCUUUUCUUGAUCAGACCAUGUAGUAAUUGUCUUUAAGUACCUGGAUUCUUUUGAUUGACAUGGAUGAACCCCAAGUUUUAACCACAUUGUUGCAAAUGCCAGAAUUUCCCUUUAUGGCCAAGUACUUUUCAUACAGCUGUGUGUAUCAUGCUUUCUUACUCUCCUCCUCAGUGCUGGACAGGUUUCUGCUUUAGUCUUCCUCUGCUGUGAAUACGCUACAAAAGCUAUGGAAGCUCAGAUGUCUUCUCAACAUUUUCAACACACCAUUUCUUUUCCUCUUAGAGAUAUAGCUAAUAAUGGGAUGGUCUGAUUAUAUAGUAGUUUUAUCUUUAACUUAAGAAUUCUUCAUGGGUUUUUUUCAGUAAUGGCCAUAUUCAUUUAUAUUCACUUACAGUAUGUGAAGAUUCCCUUCUCCAAAUCCAUACAUCAGUUUCCUUCAGUGUCUUAAAUAAUAAAUAUUAUGGGGUAAGCUGCUACCUUUUGGUGGUUUUGAUUUUCAUUUCCACGAUGACUAAUGAAAGCAUUUCUUCAGGUCCCAUUAAAUGCCCUUUUGUAUGCUUUUUUUGAGAUAUGCCUAUUUAAGUUUAUUACCCAUAAAAUCAAGUAAUUUUUAUUGAACUCUUAAGUUCCUUAUUUGUCUUUAAAUAUCAAAGCCUUGACAGAUGUGGACUUUGCAAAUCUUUUCUUCUUCUCAGAAGAUGGUCUUUUGUGUUAUUGGCAGCUGUUUCCCUUGUUGACUGGAAGGGUUUUAGUAUCAUGUGAUCCAUUUGUCUGUUUUGAUUUUGCUGCCUGAGCUUUUGGGAAUCUUGUCUGAAAUGGCCUUAUCGAUUGCUCUUUCCUGAGUAUUUUCCCCAAGAUUAUUUCUAGUAGUUUUAUACUCUAUAUUUAUGGAAUUCGAUAUUUAUAUUUAAUACUGACAAUUCUGUAUUUAUAGAAUUUGAUAUUUAUAUUUGAUAUGUAUUUGAAACCUGUAUAAUGUAAUAUGAUAUGUAAGUUUUCAAAUCCAAUAUCUGAACCUUCCCUCUAGCUGCAUUUGAUUUUUGCAAUUUCUGUGAGAAACAGUUCUAGAUUCCAUCCCCUUGCAUGUGGGUUAUCCAAUCUCCCCAACAUUAUUCGCCAACAACACUGUCUUUUCCUAGUAAAUGUGUGUGUGUGUGUGUGUGUGUGUUUGUGUGUGUGUGUGUUCUUAGCACCUUUAUUGAAAAUUAGAAGAUGUGUGGGUUUAUCACAAAUUCUCUAUUCUGUUCUUUUCUUCUAUGUGUCUAUGUUUGGCAAAUACCAUGCCUUUUGACUCCAAGCAGCUUCAUGGUAUAUUUUUGUCUUAGUUAGGGUUUUACUGCUGUGAACAGACACUAUGACCAAGGCAAGUCUUAAAAAGACAAGAUUUAAUUGGGACCGGCUUACAGGUUCAGAGGUUCAGUCAAUUAUCAUCAAGGUGGGAACAUGGAAACAUCCAGGCAGGCACGGUGCCGAAGGAGCUGAGAGUUCUACAUCUUCAUCUGAGGGCUACUAGUGGAAGACUCACUUCCUGGCAGCUAGGGUGAGGGUCUUACAACCCACACCCACAGUGACACACCUACUCCAUCAGGGUCAUACCUUCUAAUAGUGCCACUCCCUGGGCCGAGCGCAUGAAACCAUAACUAUUUUGAAGUCAGGAGAUUUUCAGGGUUCUUUUGUUAGUUCUGUGUAGAACUGCACUGAAAUCAUAUGGACUUUUUGGAUCACUGUGAGUAGAACAGAAAUUCUUGAUGAUUUGAAUUUCCUAGUCUUUGAGUACAGGAUGUCUAUUCAGUGUGUAUCUUCUUUGAUUUCAUUAUCUGAUGUUUUGUGACUGUUUUUCAUUGUUGAGACCUUUGGGAAGGCCGAUAACAAUUUUAGUGUAAUUUCUCUCACCUCGUCUUUGAUAUACAUUUCUUCAAGUCUCUAUUCUUUAGGAAAGCUGUUUUCUUUGCAUGUGAGUUGUGUAAGUUUCCAUGAACUAACGGCCUAGUUCUUCUCAUUUGUUUUCUGUCAUGAACGAUACCUUGCUUAGAGUGAAAUCUUGGUGGCUGUCAGUGUUGAGGAAAAUUCCUAAGUAUUGUAAUAUAGUUUGUAUUUGGAAUGCUUUUUUAAAAAUUUCUUUUAUUGAAUAUUUUCUUUAUUUACAUUUCAAAUGUUAUCCCCUUUCCUGCUUUCCCCUCCAGAAACCCUCAUACCCCUUCCCCUUGCUUCUAUGAGGGUGUUCCUCCAUCCUCCCAUCCAUUCCCUCCUGCCUCCCCACCCUGGAAUUCCCCUACACUGAGGCAUGGAGUCUUCACAGGACCAAGGACCUCUUCUUCCAUUGAUGCCUGACAAGGCCAUAAGCAGCUGGAGCCAUUGAUUGUUCCAUGUGUACUCUUUGGUUGGUGUUUUAGUCCCUGGGAACUCUGGGGUGUCUGGUUGGUUGAUAUUCUUGUUCUUCCUAUGUGAUUGCAAACCCUUUCAGCUCCUUCAGUCCUUUCUCUAACUCCUCCAUUGGGGAUCCCAAUCUUAGUUCAAUGGUUGGCUGCAACCAUCUGCCUCUGUAUUUGUCAGACUCUAGUGAAGUCUCUCAGGAAACAACUCUAUCACACUCCUGUCAGCAUGCACUUCUUGGCAUCUACAAUAGUGUCUGGGUUUGGUGACUCUCUCUAUGGGAUAAAUCCCCAGGUGGGCAGUCUCUGCAUGGCCUUUCCUUCAGUCUCUGCUCCACAUUUUGUCUCCGAAGGGGGAACAAAAUACUCAUAGGAGAAAAUACGGAGACAAAUAAGAAUUCUCCUUAAUCUUUAUAGAGUCAAACUGGCUAGUUUUGUGUCAACUUGACAGAAGCUAGAGUCACUGGAGAGGGAGAGAGCCUCAGUUGAGAAAAUGCCUCAAUAAAAUUGGGCUGCAGGUAAGUCUAUAGGUUAUUUCUUUGUUAGUGAUUGAUGUGGGAGGGCCCAGGCCAUUUUGGGUGGUGCCAUCCCUAAGCUGGUGCUCGUGGGUUCUAUAAGAAAGCAAGCUGGGCAUGCCAUAGAUGGCAAACCAAUAAUGAAUACUCCUCAGUGUUGCCUUAUCAGUUCCUGUCUCCAUGUUCCUCCCCUGUUGAGUUCCUUUCCUGACUUCCUUUGAUGAUGAACAGUAAUCCAAGUACAAGCCAAAUAAACACUUCUUCCCCAACUUGCUUUUGUCAUAGUGUUUCAUUGAAGAAACAGAACCCUAACUAAAGCCAGUUGAUGCCAGGGUUGUAGGGUAUUUCUGUAACAAAUCUAAGCAUGUUGUUUGGGGGAGGAUUGGAACUCUGUGCAAAUAAAAGCCACUGAGUGUUCAUCUAAUGCUUGGUGAGUUGUCCUGUAGGCUCAUGGAAGAUAAGAAUGUUGGGGGUACACAACUGGAAUGGCGGCUGCUCCUAAAUCUGUUGCCUGCCUGUGACUCCCAUUCCCCCAACUGGGCAGUUUUGUCUGGCCUCAGUGAGAAACACUGCACCCAGUCAUACAGUAACUGAUGUGCUAGGGUUGAGGGGAGAUACCCAGGGGGGUUUCCCUUCUCAGAAGAGAACGGAUUGGGGAAGAGCUUCAAAUGGGGGUGGAGACUGGGAGAAAAGGUGGGCUGAUAUCUGAAUGUAAAGUGACUGAAUAAAAUAAAUAAAAUAAAAUAAAAGUAAGAUUCUGUUUCGGGUUAGCUGGGGGCUGAAGAAUCUGUGAUUCAUGUGAUAUCAGAACUACCAAAGUGAAAUCUUUGAUUUGCUGGCGUGGUCGAUGCUGGUUUGCUGGAGCUGAGGGAGUAGUGGUGAUUAAGAGAAAUCAGUAUCACUGAGGACAAAUCUUCUGGGAAGGGUUUUACUUGAGUCAGCACACAGAAGUUGUGUUCCAGUGAUGGCUAAGGUUAUAGCUGAUGGUACCAACUGAAUUUGGUAGUGUAGGAGUGAGUCACCCAGGUUUUGAAGGCAUGAGGGGAUCAUGGAGAGCAGCUGAGGUUUGGCACCAGAAGAGGUCAGGAGAGGACUUUGAAGGUGCAGAAUUGAAUGGGUCAUGCAGAGAAAUGGAUGUUAGCUUUGUCACCAUGAAGAGAAUCUAGGAGAGGAUAUUGGUGAAGGUACAGCCUGACUGGAGCAGCAGACCCUAGAAUUUUGGAGAUACAAGAAACACGAGAUGACCACCAAGACUAGCAACAGCAGAGGAGAGGAGCCAACAGGGAGGCUAGAAUACAAGCUAUGUAUGCUGAAGAGAGCAGAGCCAGAGCAAGGCCUCAGGAUAUCAUGAGUAAAUUGUAGAUGUUGGAUGUUGAGUUAUUUAUAUUGUUGAAAUUUAGUUGUGCUUAGUUCAGAUUCUGGCUGCGCCCUGGGUCUUCCCUCUUGAAGUAAGAAAGUACUUCGUUGAUUUUUUUUUUAUUUUUUAAUUUUUAGGAACAUGUAACUGAGAGAUUGCAUUUAAAAGAUACUUUGAUUUUCUUAAAGAGGCUGAAUAUUAACAUGCUUGAAUUUGUACAACCCAUGAGACUCUUAAAGCUAUUUGGGUAUUUAAUGUGAGAUCUUGGAUGAAUAAGAAAAAAAAAAAAAGGUCGUGGUGUAACAAUGAUAAACUUGUGGGUUAGGCUGACAAGGGGUUAACUGUGCUUGCUAGUUUUAUGUCAACUAACCAGAAGAGGGCACACCAGGACAGGGCAUCAGAUCCCAUUAGAGAUGGUUGUGAGACACCAUGUGGUUUCCUGGGAAUGGAACUUAAGUAGUAAUUGAUGUGGGUGGGCCUAGCCUUUUGUGGCAGGUGGUCCUGAGUUCAAUAAGAAAUAGACUGAGGAAGACCUCCGGUUUAGACUCUCUCCACAAAAUGUCUGGCACCAGAGCUUAUCUGUGGCUGCCUCUCUGAUGACAGCUAGACAAUGUACCUGUCUUUUAGUAAAGCAAAAUGUCAUUACGAAUCUUUUUUUCCUUCCUUCCUUCCUUCCUUCCUUCCUUCCUUCCUUCCAUUCUCUUCUUUCUUUCUUCCUUUCUUUCUUAUUUUCUUUUUUCUUCCUUUCUUUCACCAGCUGUGUAAUGUUCUACCCUAGGACUCUGGGCUAUCCAAUAUCUGGGUAUUGGCCAUCCAGGCAGUAUAGGCACUGGCUGCCUCUUACAGGGUGGGCCUUGGGUUAAACUAAACAUUGGUUGGUCACUCCCUCCUGUUUUCUACUAACAUCUUGUAGGCAGGACAUAUUGGAGGUAGAGGAUUUAGAGGCUGGUUUGGUGUCUGGGUUUGCCUCUCCAUGGUCUGUAGAGUACCCUCUCGCAGCAGCAAAGAGACUAGAAUGUGGAGGUGCAGGCUCCAAACCUUAGCUCUACCCUCUCUAUCUUCAGUGAGCUGAAAGAAAGUUGUCCUCAGCAAUGGAUUCCACUGUGAGGUUUUAGAGGGUGACCUUCAGUCCUAGCAUUGUUUAGGGAUCUCCACUGUAUGUCCUCAACUAAAAACUUAACUGGAUAUAACCCAGUCCACUGCUAGAAGCCUUUCCUGGCUACAAAAGAUGGCCAGUUCAAACUUUAUAUCCUCUAACAUUAGGAGUUCUCACUAGGGCCACCCUCAUAGAAUACAAGAAGUUUCCACUGCACUGGAUUUCCGUACUACCUCCCAAAUCCUCCCUAAUUCUGUCUUUCUUCUGUUUUUCGUUCCAUCCCCCGAAAUAUGAUCCCUCCCCUUCCCAUCCCCGCCCACCUCCAAUCCACACACAGAAUCUAUUAUUUUCUCUUCCCAGGAAAAAAUCCAUGCUUCCUCCUGUAGCCCCACUUUUAUAGACCUCCCCUUCACCUACCCGGGUCUGUGGAUGGUAGCUUUCUGUCAUUCACUUAACAUUUUUUACCAGCAGACACAGGGUGUCUCCACCCAUUAUAAAACUUGUGCUUUAUGCGCCACCUAGUGGUCAUAACAUGUAAGUGACCGUGUCUCAAUGAGCAAGACCUGAGCAGUGUACUUCUUGGACUUGCAGUUGAAUGUAUAAACUAUCAUUGCCUCCAGCAUGAAGCAGCGGGUCUGACGUGCUAUGGGAUGUCAGCACACGCUGGAAGACAAAAAUUUUUCUUCAUUUUUCUACGGUCAGUUGGGUAGAGUUCCUGUCACUGGAUGGCUCUAUCAGAAAGAGCUUUAUUUCUUUUUUUUCUUUUUUUUCUUUUUUCUUUUUUUCGGAGCUGGGGACCGAACCCAGGGCCUUGUGCUCGCUAGGCAAGCGCUCUUCCGCUGAGCUAAAUCCCCAACCCCUAUUUUAAAUUAUCUUUAAUCUUUUUUUUUUUUUUUUUUACAGUCCAGCCACUAUCCCCCUCCAGAUCCGGCCUCUGAGAGUUCCUCAUCCCAUCCCCCCCCCCCCCCCCCCCCCGUCUCUGAGAGGAUCUCCCCCUCCCAGUCCCCACACGGACCUGCCAGGCCUCCCCACUCCCUAGGACCUCAAGUCUCUUCACUCACUGAGUCAAGAGCCAGCAGUUCUCUACUGUAUAUGUGUCAGAGGCCACCAGCUAAUGUAUGCUUCCUGGUUGGUGAGAGGCUCAGUGUCUUGAGAGAUCUGGGGGUGUCCAGGUUAGUUGAGACUGCUGGUCUUCCUAUGGGAUCCCCCUCUUCCUCAACUUCCAGUCUUUCCCUAACUCAACCACAGAGGUCCCUGACUUCAGACCAUUGGUUGGAUGUAAGUAUCUGUGUCUGUCUUGAUCAGCUGCCCAUUUUUGGUGGGAUUGCGAGCUGGUACAACCACUCUGGAUAUCAAUCUGGAGGUUCCUCAGAAAAUUGGAAAUAAAUCUAUCAGGAAAUAAAUGUACCACUCUUGGGCAUAUAGUCAAAAGAUACCCCACCAUGCCACAGGGGCAAAUACUCCACUAUGUUCAUGGCAACCUUAUUUGUGAUAGCCAGAAGCUGGAAACAACCCAAAUGUCCCACAAAAGAAGAAAGGAUACAGAAAACGUGGUUCCUCUACACAAUGGAAUACUACUCAGCUAUUAAGAGCAAGGGCAUCAUGAGUUUUGCAGGCAAAUGGAUGGAACUAGAAAAUAUCAUCCUGAAUGAGGUAACUCAGACCCAAAGGGACGUGCAUGGUAUGUACUUACUAAUAAAUGGGUAUUAGGCAAAAAGGUACAGAAUCCUCAGGAUACAAUCCAUAGAACUCAAGAAGGUUAGCAAGCAGGAGGGCCCAAAUGAGGACACUUCAUUUGGGAUGGAGAAGAAAACAAUCAUGGGGGCAGAGGAAUGGAGGGACCUGGGUGGGUGAGGGGAGGGGAAAUGGGUAGAUGGUUCUAGCACCUAUAAGAAACCUUUCUAGACCCAUCUCAAUUUUGUGAUCAGAAAAGUCUUCCAUAAGCCAGGUAUUUAAACUCUUGGUCCCCAAUUGAUGGCAUUGUUUGAAGAAUGUUUCAGAAUCUUUUGGAAGUGUGGCCUUGAUGGAAGGAGUAGGUAACUGGGGCCAGGCUUUGAGUAUGGAGAGUGCUUUCCUCCCAGUGUUCUCUCUGCUUUGUACUUGUGGUUGAAGAUGUGAUCUCUCUGGCUGCUGUGCCUUCUGGUCACUUAGGGACGCUCACUCCUCUUGCAGCCGUAAGCCCAAUAAAUCUUUUUCCAUAUGCUGCUGCUGCUGCUCUUAGUCAUGCUGCUUUAGCCCAGCUAGAAAAAUGUAACCAAUAUAGUUAAGUGUUCCUGUAAAGCUUUCAGCAAGGCGAAGCUUCAGUUCCAGGGCUUCCUGUGAUUCAUUUAAUCUAUCCCUUGGUUCUUAAUCUGUUUUAAGGAACACUGCAGGGCAGUCCAAUAGCCAGAAGGAAAGCGCCUUUGGAUUUUCAGGAAGUGUGUUUACAGGUAGCUCUGAGCCCUUAGGACCUCUAAAGCUCUAGAUAAGGUCUCAUACCUGGUAACUAUAGUCACUCACACGUGCGCGCGCGCACACACAUACAUGCAUGCAUUCACGCACGUACACACACACACACACACACGCGCGCGCGCGCGCACACACGCACUCACGCACGCACACACACACUGGCCUUUAAUAUACCAAAUUGUAAAAUAAAGUUUUUCAUUUUUUUCUAGGGUGUCUGUAUGAAUCCCCUUACCCCCUUACCUUUUUCCAGAUCAUUGUUCUGCUCUCUGUACAAGACCACAGGAUGAACCAGGUUUCCGAAUCAAUUUAUUGUCCACUUCAAUUGUGUCGCCCUCUACUGCCUUCUGGCACCCAGUGAUGAGAAUGCAGACAAAACAUUCAUACACAUAAAAUAAGAUAAGUAAAUCUUAAAAAAUAUAUAGAGUGAUUCUUUUACGUUUUUGCUAUAUUACUCUAACAUAACAAGCAGAGGCGAGAACCUGAGUUCUCUGAGGAACGGGGAGGGGGAACUUGGAGGGGGAAGGUCGGAGAAGAGAGGGCGUGGUCCGCGCUCGCCUCAUCCACACUAGGAGCUGUAGCGACUGCGUGUGCGUGUGCGGUAGAGGGGGCUGAAUGGUCGUGUCCCUGUGACAGGUGUUGCGGAGAUACCCUCCACAGUGGAAGAGCUCAGACCCGGAGACGCUGGUGUCUUACUGCGGCCCAGAGCAAGGAUGGGCAGUCCGGUGAGUGGAGAUGCGAAAGAGGGCGGAAUGGGGCGAUCUGGAGCCGCGGAGCGGAGCCAGCGAGGGAAGCCAAGAGGCUGUUCGUUGGAGAACCGGGUAUCGGGGAUUAGGGCUCUGUAAGGAGUCACGGGCUGGGCUGGGGCCGGGAAAAAGCCCAGGAACGCGUGUCCCUGGGGUAGGCGGCUUUGCACAUUGCUGCUAUUCCAUGGCGAAAACAUGGCCAGAGCUCCAUGGAGCCUCACGUCCCCUGUGUUGGUCUUCUACCUGCAGCAGGGGUGUAGCCUAGUAAUCUUGCUUUCUCUCUCUCUCUUGCUGCAUCUCUGGUCCUUGCCUAGGAAGCCAUCAAGCAUCUAGUAGUGCUGGGGCGAGCAAGCUUCCAAAAGGACUGUCAGCUCCAGCUCAGUGGUCUUGUUAAAAACCAAGAUAUUUAGAGAGGCCGACAUCUUGAGUCUUCAGUAGCGUUUAUGAGGCAGAAUUUUUUUUAAAAGAGGGGUGGUCAUAAUCCCUAUUCUUUAUACACAGGGGAUUGGUAGAAUUGGGUGAGAAUCUAAAUGCAAUUAAACCCCUCAGGUACUGCUUUUCACGGGGCUGGCAAAGACCACAGACCCAUUAUUGCGUUACCUUUCUUAACAAAGAGGAACGCUGCUCUGCCAGCUAGAUGCUUUUAAUGUUCUACAAGGGAUUGCUUUCCAAUGUUUUACAAAUUAUCGGGGAGAGAGGUUCAUCUUUUUUUUUCUUCUAAGUUCCUGUGGCUGCAAUGAAGAUACAAAAUCACACCUAGAAAGAAUAGGAGAAUGAGAGCUGUGCACCCAGCCUGUGUGUAGUUGCCAGCUAAGCCCCAGGAGCUAAUGAGCAUCCACCUUCUUGAUAAAAAUUAUAGUAGGAUUUUUUUUUUUUUUUUUUGGCUUCAUGACUGGACUCUCUGGUAAAUUCUUGAUUGGUUAAUCUUUUAGCAUCUGUUAAAUUCAAGGCACUACAUUCAGUGCUUUAACUGAGGAAUUGUCACCACACCUGGGAUCUCGCUGCAGCAUUGACUUGCUGCUUUGCAGACGAGCUCCUAGGAUCUUUACCACUCGAAAAUGCCAUUUUAGAUUUUUGAAUAUUUGCAUAUGCACAAUAAGAUCUCUUGGGAGCGGGACUCUGGACUAAGCAGGGAAUCCAUUCAUUUCUCAUGUAGGUCUUACAUACACAGAUAAUGCCAUGAUUAUACGGUUCCCUCUUGGCGACUGUAACCGUCGCAUGAUGGCAGGUGUGGAAUUUUUUUACAAGACGACUGCCAGUACUUGGAAGUUUUAGAUAUUAAAGCAUUAUGAUUUUCCAAUUUCCCACCUAUGUUUCAUUUAACCCUGAGACUAGUACUGACGUCUUCCCCCAGGCUCCAGAGAGGUUAAUAAUGUGUCUUACCUAGUACAUUUAGGAUUCACUUUAGACUGGCGUGUGCCCUGGUUACCACCCGGCAAUCCCACAUCAUCUUUCUGAGAAACAGGAAGCCUACCACUGUCCGGCAUGGACCAGAGAAGAAUAUAAAUAAACGUGAAAUCUUAAUAGUGAAGCCUCUCCUUUGACUCCCUGGUCCCCAAUCUCUGUGGUUUUUGUUUUUCACCAUCCCCAGGACCCACUUCUCAGUCUUACGCAUGCAUCUGCUUUUCCUCUUGUCCUACAACACUGUUAUUUUUCACAACAAAAGCCAGGUAUUCCUGCAUUUUCUUAUUACAGCUUUCUUAUUUUCUUAUUACUGCUAGGGUCUAGGCUUCAUUGUGAAAGAAAGGCAUAAUGGUUAAAAAUAAUGGUGUGGAAUUAGCAUGCCACAAUCUGCUAAAUGGAGAUAAGUAAAAUAGAUUGAUCCUUUGCUGCAGAACCAGAGGAUACAUUUAGCUAGAUCGUUCCAGCUACCUUACAUGAUAGAAAGAAUGGAGAACAGGCUGAACAAUAUGGAGAAAAAAUUCCCGAAGUCCCCAGGGUACUUCAGAGCUAAAGCCCUUUUAUAAGGUGGUGUGGAUGUACAGGAAAAGGAGAGGGAGAGCAAAGGUUGCAUGCAUCAUUUUAGGGAGCUUGUCACUUAACUUCCUAAAGGGUAGUGACUUUGUUGUGACCCUUAGAUCAAUGAAGUCAAGAGAAGUCUCAAGGUAGGCAUGGCGUACUUGAGUCCUCACCCCCAGCCAAACAUCCAUCAUCUGUGUAAACAACAAUUUGUACCAAGGAUCGCUCAGAUGAUAGAAUUUUUAAUUUUUCUGUAGCCUUAAGUUUGUAAGGAAAACCCAACUAUGCCAUGUGGGUGGAUACCAGAGCACCCAACUUUGUGGUUCUCCAGAAAGUCUGAAAAACUGGGGUGUGAAAACAGAAAAGCACUCAGGUCUGGGGUGGCAUUGGAGAUGUCCACAGGACAAAACAUCACCUCUAUCAGGGUGAUGAAAGAUCACAAAGAAUACCAGGACAAGGACUAUAAUGGGGGUUCUAUGUUUGUGACCCAGAAUUUCAGUGAGUGUGGGCAAAGCCAGGUCUUCUCUCUGACUGCCUACACCUACAGGGUACAGUUGGCCUCAACAGAGGCACCCACACUUUGUUCCACUGUUCAUUUUGUAUGACUUCAAAUUGCAGACCAUGGCUAGGACGACUCUCCUUCUUGUGCUACCUAAACCCAACAGAAGAUGAGUAUGGACUUUUCCAGUUAAGUUUUUGCCCUAUUUAUAAAGUCACUGUUUAGGAAAACUCAAGUUUACAUAAUGAGAUUAAUGAACUGGUGUGUCACUUCUCCCGGUAACAUUCCCUCCACUAAGUUUUAAGUCGUGGCAUACACAAACCAAAGCAAAAAUUCCAUACAGUGGGAAAGAAAAGGAUAUUAAAAUUGAAGUGCUCUCACUGGGUAGAGGAAUUCUUGUACCACAUCAAAAUUACUUCCAGAUCUUCAAACACUGUUUUCCAGCGCUGGGUGUGGUAGAACACACCAGCAAUUCCAACUCGGGAAACAGAAACAGGAGGACUAGGAGUUCAAGGCUAUCCUUGGCUACAUAUCAAAUGCCAAGACCACCCUAGACUACAUGCUAUUCUACUUCAUCCUACCCCAACCAGACUCUUCAUUUUUUUAAAGACUCUAUUCAAUUUCUCUACUAUCUAACCCUAAGACCAUAGGAAAACAGAAAUCAGAAGACAACGAGAAUUUAGGGCAAUGAGAUUGACUCACUUUAGAGAUGUUGUGGAAAAUAAUCUCUAGAGGUCACUGUAUCUGAGAGGUCUGGCAAAAACAGGGCUUCAUUCAGGCACACCUUGAGAAUGACAAGAGUCCCUCAGAUGGCAAACCAUCCUUUGACAACCAUCUCUUGCCAAACCCCCAAACCAAGGCAAUUUAAAUGGAUAUGGUUCAAUGAUUUAGAAAUAAUCUUCAAUUUAUCAAGGUAGCAGAGGCUGUCUCUAUGUAGAGGUUGAUAACAUACACGUUUAGAAUAGGGUGUCCACACAGAUUUGUUAUAUCAGUAGAUCAGAGCAAUUUGAUUUGGUGAAUAUUGACAUUCUUGUGAGCCAAGAAAAGGGGGAAAAGUGAAAUAACACUGAUUCUAUAUACAUUGCCUUUGCCCUAACUCCAGGAACCCAGUGCUCUCUGAGAGUGGUAUUUUCUGGGAGUGUGGCAAACCACACUGUAGUGUUAUAUUUUCCCCAUUCACAAGGAAGAAGAGAAAGAAGGGCAGUCUUGGGAAGGGGGAAGGGAAAUGCUAGGCAGGUGGUUAAUAUAUUGGAGUCAGAGUCUAGGUUUGAAGGCAUAUGGUGGACUGUGUUUUGGAAGAAGUUAUGGCCAAAAGCAGACUAGUAAGCUCAGUCAAGACAUAAACAUGGGAAGAUGGUCUGCAAAGAAUUAAGGCCCAUUAGACCCUUAAGGAGGAAGUUCUACUCUGAAGCAUGAGCUUCAAACUGACACAAACAAGAAAAGUACUUUAGAGGGAAAGCCUAUGAAAAUGCACACCUAAGUCAGUGAGGGCAAUGCACACAGGGGGGUGCAUCACAGUAAACUACCAAGGCAGAGAAUGAUGUGUGCACUUCAAAGCAGGGAAGGUAAGCUCCUCUACUACGAAGCUAUAGAGAGUUUUUGGGAGAAAGAUCAUGAGGCCUCCCCCUCAUGAUCUAGGCAAAGAAUUACAGGAAGCUAAGGAAUGCUGAGACCAAGAGAAAUAACCUUCCCAAUGGAAGAACAUGCACUUGAUUAUCCAAUAGAAAAUGGUCAGCCCUGAAAAUAUAUGCAAACAACUAACUAUAUAUUUUCAGCCCUGAAAAUAUAUGCAAACAACUAACAACUAAACAUGUACUGAGCAUGUAUAUACAACAACAAGAUAAAGAGUCUAAGAAUUUGAAAGACAGCAAGGGAAAGGGGAAUAAUAUUAUACAUAUUGUAUAUAUAUUCAUAUAUAAAAUACAUAUAUAAUGUUAAUAUGUACAUAUGCACAUUAUACAUAUAUAAAUUUCUCUGUGUGUUAUAUAUACACAUAUAUAUGUAUAUAUAAAUCUUUCCUCUUUCCUUUGCUGACUUUCAAAUCCUUGGACUCUUUAAUUGUUGUUGCAUAUAUAUAUAUAUUUAUAUAUAUACAUAUAUUACAUAUACAUAAAUACACAGUAUGUAUAUAUACAUGUAUUAUAUGUGUAUAAUAUAAUAUAUUACAUACAACUUGUAAUAUAUUAUUGAAAGAGAACAAAGAAAAGGGGAAGUAUACUUAUUAUAAUCUCAAAAAUAUUUAAAUGAAAAAAGAAAGUGCCAACCCAUGCAACAAUGAAUUUAAGGAAGAUUACUUUAAUAACAUGUAAGUAUUUUCCAAUAUGUAAAAUGGGUUAGUAGAGUAGGGGGUCUCUACUUUAUCUCUCAAGGUCUCCAAAGCACCGGUCAGAGUGCUUAGCACAGAUAAACUCAAUAGAUGAGGAAAGAAAAGAAGCAUUGCCCGAGGCUCAGGUAGAUCUGCUUGGAGGUUUUACAAUGCAACUUCCUCUUCUGUACAAGUAGUUUGCUAUGAAAAUAAUUAAAAAUAGUACAAAAGUCCCAAUGACAAGUGCUGAGACCAGGGUACUAGAGCAAGGACUUCACAUGGGAGAAUUUCUUGUGUAAAGUGACUAAGUAAAUAUCUGGGAAGGAGAAGAGUCUGGCAGCCAGUGAGACUUUCUCGUCUAGGGGGGAAAAACGUCCAAAAGAAACACUUCACACAGUAAAGUGAUGAUGAAUUUCCUGUCAUUGAUAAAGUUGUUAACCCAUGCUGUUCCAUUUUUCCUUUCAAUUGGUGUGGAAGGAAGAGGCAAAGGAACCAGAGUACUAGAAAACUCGGCAGUUUGAAGGGUCUGAAAGGUUGGCCAGGAAGAGCUUGGUGUGCAAGGAGGAAACACAGAGGUAUAAGGCCUGCAAGCACCCACGUGGGUGCUGAGCUCCAGGGGAUGGGCCUCUAGGACUUCAUGGAGCAUCUGGUGGGAACUUUUAGCCAAUUUCAUAAUGCCUGUCAGAUUGCUCGGGCCUAGAAACUUAUUAAAUGCGAUCCUGACAAAUCAGCAAAAGCUUGAUAAUCCUCACGAUCACAUUUUUUUGAGAUAGAAAGGUACAAAAAAUAUUUUUACAUUCGUAACUAAUUUUAAAAACCAACAGUGCUAUAGUUGUCCCCUAGGAGGCUUUGCCAGUGCUUGACCAAUACAGAGGCGGAUGCUCGAAGACAACCACUAGACUGAUCAAAGGGAUCCCAGUGGAGGAGUUAAGGGAAGGACUGGAGGAGCUGAAGGGAUUUGCAGCCCCAUUAGAAGAACAAUAUCAAUCAACCAGACUCCCCAGAGCUCCCAGGGACUAAACCACCAACCAAAGAAUACACAUGGAGGGAUCCAUGGUUCCAGCUGUCUAUGUAGCAGAGGAUGGACUUAUCUAGCAUCAGUGGGAGGGGAGACCCUUGGUCUUGUGAAGUCUCGAUACCCCAGCACAGGGGAAUGCUAGGGUGGUGAGGUGGGAGUGAGUGGGUGGGUGGGGGAGCACCCUCAUAAAAGCAGGGGUGAGGGGGGAUGAGGUAAAGGGUUUGUAGAGAGGAAACCAGAAACGAGGAUAACGUUUGAAAGGUAAAUAAAUAAAAUAACCAAUAAAAAUCCAACAGUGUUUUAUGCACAGGGUCAGACAGUUUGUCGGUGUGGUUAUGAUUGUAUGAAGUUUGGAGCCAGUGCUUGGGUUUGAGUCUUGUCUCUACUACUUCCUGUCUAUGCUACCUGAAGAAAGCUACUUAAAAUCUCUCCUUCACAUUCUACAUUGUGCAAGCGUUGAUAUGAACAGCACCUUCUUCGUAGCUUCCUGAAGUGUUGGGUGAAGUAGUUGAUCUCAAGUGUUAAUGACAGCGCCAGGUACAUUAUGUGUUCAAUAUAUGUUAGUCUUGUGACUAUUAGUAGCUUAGUCACCAAAAGCAAACUAAAGUUGAAAUAAAUGUUUUGAUACAUUUAUCAUGUAUGUAUCUAUUCCCGUCAUUUAUUCUUGUCCCCUGGUCUUUCAGACCAGAUAGUCAUGUAUCUACUACCCUAGGUGAAGAACAUUAUCACUGAAAGUCAGAGAAGUUUCCGAAAACAAAGUUUUGUGAUAAUAUUAGCCUAGAUACUCAAGCUUUAAAACCCCACACGCUGAAAGAGGAGGGAAAAGUUCAUUCCAGAAAGAAUUGUUGACAAGCUCCAGAGUGGUGGAAGAACCAGCUUUUCUGACCCUAGGGAGAUAAGGGUAUUCCAGUCCAAGAGAAGGAAAAGGCUGACUGGUGUCUACAGCCAAAGCCAGGCACCAACUUGUAUAAAAGAAGGAAUAUUGUAUCCUACCCCCUUGCAACUGAGAAUCAAACAUAGAACCUGUAUAUAGGUCUUGAGUCCCAAAGAAGACAGAAUGAACUAUAGCAGACUGCCACAGGCACUUAGAUAAUGAAUUUCCUUUGCUCAGUUCAAGGAGAACCUGGAGUAGUUUACAAGAGAGCUGCAGUUGGCCUGUGAAGUAAUAAUUAUAUGAAGCAUGGUCUUAGUGACUGAGAGAAACACAGCUAUCUUAGCAAACACAAGGUAGAAAAAUGGUUGUAAUAAAAGACCAGAGCAGCCCCAUGCUGUGCCUUGGUGUGCCGUAAGCCUCCAUACCUUCCUGGAUUGCAGAUGUAAUGCCAGAACUGGGGAGCUUCAUAGAGUGUUGGGGUGCUUGGAAGCUGAAUGGACAGAAGGUACUACUUUGACUGAAAGGAAGUUUCUAGCCCCAGUUGGAAUGGCAAGGUGAAAUAAAAA